AUGGCGCAGAAUUUGUUUUCUAAUAUAAAUAAUAAUAGUUGUAUAUUUCAUGAUAAUGAUUACCUGUUAUCACCGCAAUCAAAUCAGUUAAUCAAUGAAAUUGACUAUCAAAUUAUCCACCAAUCAAUUAAUACAUUCAUAACUUUGGACAUCUUAAAGAUAACAAUCAAUAGUGGAAAUGCAAGUGGACUUUACACUUGCUAUUCAAACAAUUUAACAACAAUCAACACUGAUCAAAUUGAUUCAAUGUCUUUUCAAGUUAUCGCAACAUCAUCUCGAGAAUACGCUGAUUACAAAUUUAAAAGACCAAGUAUAACGGGAUUUAUAGUUGGCAUGAUUCCGUCGAUUAUGCUUUUCUUUUAUAUUAUCAUGAGCCUUGGGUACCGAUCGAGAUACGCGAUGGACCAGGAAGAGGAAGAAGAAGGAUUUGGAAUAUAAAGUCAAUUUAUUAAUAGUUUUGAUUAAACAGCCGAACAAAAAUCAAUUGUUGUUAACAAACCGAUCAAGUUUUUAAUAAUAAAAGUAUUUUUUUACAAACAAAAAAUGCAUGAGAUGCAAAAGGCUGUUGUUUUUCAGGAUUCUCAAUCAAUUUAACCCAAGUUAUGAGACCAUUUCAUGUCUAACGGCGCAUUUCUGUCGUUUUAAUUUCAAAGUUCCUAAAAACAACGAUCAAAGCUUAAUUAAUCAUUUUCUGUACAAUUGGUAUAUUUAAACAGCUAAAACUCAUUUAAAAGUAAAUCCAAUCAACAUUAACUGAGUGAAGUUAAAUUUAAACACCGUUUGAUAAAUUUUUAUUUU